AUGGACGACACGCGCGCACGAGCCGACGAGGAUAUAGCCCUGGAUUCGUCCCGCUUACGCUCGUCCGCUCGGCUCGGCACCACCUCCUCGACCGCCGCCGCCACCACCUGCCGCGUCGCGAGACGCAAGAGGAAGAAGAGGAGGCAGCGUCAGCGGCUCCCUACGAGCAACGACGACGUGCCCGUCGUGGUCACCUCCCGCGGCGCUCCCACGUCGAGUAGCAACGCCGCUGUAGCCGACAACACCGCCGUCGACGUCGCCACCGACGACACCGCCGCCGCCGUCGUCGACCUCGAGCCUGACGCUGACGCCGUCACCGACGACGCCGCCGCUGCCGCCGCCGCAAACGUAGCCACCGAGGACACCGAGGAGGAGACAGACCCAACGGCGGCACGGGUCGAUAAACUGAGGAGCCGCCUUCUCGGCGAGCAGCAGCACACCGCGGCCGGCGGGGAGGGUCAGCAGCUACGCGUCGGAGGAAGCGGCACGCGUGCGGCCGCCUCCUCCGUCGGCACCGCCGGCGUCACGCUUCUCAAUCGACGCGCCGGCAAGCGCUCGCCACGGCGAUGCAACGCCGGCGGACGUAGAAGCGCGAUGACGAUGGACCUGCAGCGGCUGAUCAACGAGGUGCACGCGAGGCCCGCGAUCUGGGACCAGAAGAACGUCAACUAUCACAAUCGCGAUGUCAUACUGAAGAUGUGGCGGGAGAUCGCGAGGGCAUGCGAGGUGUCGACGGACGUCGCCAAGUCGAAAUGGAAACACCUGCGCGACAACUUUCGGAACGAGCUGAAGAAGACCUACCGGGGUAAGUGCGACGGGAUCGGCGGCACCGAGCACGACUCCAAGUGGGUCUGGUUCAAGAGCCUGUUCUUCCUGCGGGACCAAAUGAACUCGAGGGUGAUCGGCUGCGCCCUGUCGCAGAACUGCGUUGGCAUGCGCUCGUCGCCGGACGGCACGCAGAUCGAGCCGCAGAUCGACAUACUCGAGGGCCACGAGGAGACGCAGUUCGACGACCUGGACGGCGACUCCUGCCAGUCGUUGCUGUCCAACGACGACGGCCUGCACCAGGUGAUGCCGCCGCCGAAGAUGAAUAAGAUAAUUGGCCGGAAGCGGGCGCUGAUGGACGCGAUCGACAACGACUACGGCGUGGAGGUGGAUCGUAAGCGGUACGAGUCGCUGCAGAAGAGACUGGCGAUCGGCCCCGAGGACGAGGACGACACCUACCACUUCCUCAUGAGCGUGAGAAAUCCCCUGAGAAGCCUGCCGCUCGACAGGCAGAUGUUCGUGCGUCUCAAGAUCCAGGAAUUGGUCUACAACGAGAUCAACUCGCAGAAUCAGCAGCAGCAUCAACAGCACCAACAGCAGCAGACCGCGAGCCGCGGAGUCUACGACGCUUCCACGCAGGGCCAGGAUGUGAAACCCCCGCGCGCCGGUAACGGCGGCAACGGCGUCGUCGGCGGCGACGUCGUCGGCGACAUGUCGAAUCCGGGGUCGUUGCUGCAGAACUGCACGCCCGACGGCACCGGUGACGACGCCUUCUUCGGCUGACGAGAGCAGCCCGUUUGCAGUUUAAUUCGCUAAUAGACGUAAGGAUUAUAAUUUUAAUAGAGAAUAAACGAUGGUAUUUUUUCAGUAAC